AGAGGGAUUGUUGCAAUGUCUCUUGAUGGGCCGCUAGGUGCACUGAACACACAGCAGGUCUGAGGGUGAUGGUACAUCUACGUGUUCUCUCUGAUAUUUUGUCACAUUGUAUCUAUGAGUUUCCUCCGUCACUUUACGGAUUUUUUUCUUCAGCAAACCUAGGAGACAGGAAAAACCCAGCAAAACCAACACAAGUACAAGUGUCUACCUUGUUAUUUCGAAAGGUUUGCCAUCGGCUCUGCGACGCUGUGUUUUGGAGAAAUCUACUGCACCUUUUAUCCGGGGAACUUCAUCUGGAAACGCUAAUGAACGGAGCUACCUGUGUACGCUGAAACUCAAAUGCGACAGUAGGGGAUUUAAAACUGCUCACAUAUUACUUAAAAGUGUGCGAAAGGAAUAUUGCAUCGCCAGUAGUGAAGGUAUAAUUACUUAACACUUGCAACAUGGCUGCUGCGGGAACGGCAGUGAGAAAAGUUUGACACUGACGUGGGAGAAGUUUUAAUGCCAGUGCUAGUUCGUACAUGAGUUUUCUGGCAGAUUUUAAAGUCGUCAGCAGUCUCCCCCCGGCCUGGCACCGCUUUCCCUGGACUUGCGGUCCAGUGGAUGUAUCGUGUGAGACCCCCCCUUCCUCCUCUGUAGUCACCGCCGACAGUCACUGCAGCAGUGGUGGACUUUGUGGAGAAACUGUGUUGUCUUCUUCUCCAUCGUGAGCUGCGGUGGCGUUCAAGGAACUCUCGUUGGGCAGCAGACUGCAGUGUGUGUGUUUGAGUGCAAAAUGCAUUUUUCCAUCCCCGAGACGGAGGUUCGUUCGGGAGAAAAUGGAUCAACCUAUGUGGCCUACAACAUCCACGUCAAUGGAGUGCUGCACUGUCGAGUACGCUACAGUCAACUUCUGGGCCUCCAUGAACAGAUAAAGAAAGAAUAUGGCAGCAAUGUGGUGCCUGCUUUCCCUCCAAAGAAGAUCUUCACGCUGACUCCUGCCGAGGUCGAACAGAGACGAGAGCAGCUGGAGAAAUACAUGCAGGCUGUGCGUCAGGAUCCUUUACUUGGAGCCAGUGAGAUGUUCAACAGCUUCUUAAGGAAAGCACAGCAGGAGACGCAGCAGAUUCCCACAGAAGAAGUCUCUUUAGACAUCUGCCUCUCCAACGGUCAGAAGGUCACAGUCAACAUCCUGACCUCGGAUCAGACGGAGGACGUCCUCGAUACUGUGGCAACAAAGCUUGACCUUCCAGACGACCUCGUGGGUUACUUCAGCCUCUUCCUCGUUCGAGAAGGUGUGGACGGAGGUUUAACAUUUGUCCGGAAGCUGCAGGAGUUUGAGCUGCCUUAUGUUUCCAUCACCAGUCUGCGGAGUUCUGAAUUUCACAUAAUCCUGCGGAAAAGCUACUGGGACAUGGCCUACGAUAGUGAUGUCAUGGACAACAGAGUGGGCCUGAAUCUGCUCUAUGCCCAGACAGUGUCUGACAUCGAGAGAGGCUGGAUACUCGUCAACAAAGACCAGCACAGGCAGCUCAAAUCACUGCAGGAGAAAGGCUCCAAGAAAGAAUUCAUCCACCUGGGUCAGACUCUCAAAUACUAUGGCUUUAUAAAGUUUGACCCUUGUAUCACCGACUUCCCGGAGAAGGGCUGCCAAGUCAUCGUCAGCGCCGGCAACAACGAGCUCAACUUCCACGUCAAGCUGCCCAACGAGCAGAUGAAGGAGGGGAGCUUCAAGGUCACCCGCAUGAGGUGUUGGCGAGUCACGUCCUCUCAAGUCCCGAUAACAAACGGCACGACAAAUCCCUGCAGCUCAUCCAAAUGUGAAGUCAAGCUGGAGCUGGCCUUCGAGUAUCUGAUGAGCAAGGACCGCCUGCAGUGGGUCACCAUCACCAGUCAACAGGCUAUCAUGAUGAGUAUCUGCCUUCAGUCUAUGGUGGACGAAUUAAUGGUGAAGAAAUCAGGCGGCAGCAUAAAGAAGAUGCUGAGGAAACGACACAACGGCUCCAUCCACAGGACAGACAGUCAGCAAGCUGUGAAAUCCCCCCCUCUACUGGAAUCUCCUGACCAGAACCGUGAACAAAUUGUCAAACUCUCAACCAAGCUGAACUCGGUGUCACUCCGAGGGAUCAGCGCCUCCAACUCCGCCAACGACAUCAGCGGCGACGAUUUCCAUGGAAACUACGCUUUCGAGGGAAUCGGGGACGAUGACCUGUAACCCAUGAUCCGCCCCACGCCCCUCUUCAUCGCCCACUCUCAGCAACUGGGCCGACAAAGAUUACAAGCUGAGCUGAGCCGAGCCAUGUGAACCACACAGGUGUCCAAGUCUGCGAGAUUGUAGCUUUUUCCUGGAGAAUUUGCUGCCUUAAGCUCUCAUUUAAUCUUUGACAGAUUCAUUUAUAUUACUCUAGAUUUGAACUUUAGCUUCAAUCAUUUCAAUUUCAAAGUCCCUGUGCUGUUAAACUCGUGGCCACAUACAGUAACUAGCAUGUAAAGUUACAGGUACUCAAAUAGGGACGCUUGCAGUACAUUAAGGUCUGAAAAUGUCUUACUUCGGAUUCAUUGGUGUGUCAUCUACAGCAGAAGAAAAGUACUAUUAGGCAGUUACAUUCUUAAGGUACAACGUAAGUCUAAAAUAUAAACUACAUGAAGAAAAAAACCCUGCUAGAUCCUCCCUUAGUGGCUGCAUGUUCCCUCUGAACCAGAAGGCCAAAGUUUGAGUACGACCUGGCACUAGUGAUAAAACAGCAGAGCUGGAUGUUUGGGGUCAUGAUGAUCAAGAGUCCAGUGAAUGUGUUGAAACUGACUUUAAAAAAACUGUAGACAUUUCACAGCAACCGCUUACUUCUAUGUAUGAUCAACGUUUGGCUUGGCGAAAUACCAAAAUGUCAUGUUUUUAUACUGUAAGUGUGUCACGCUCCUCAUGUGCCAAGUCGGUAAAUAUCUCAGCAGAUGAUGAGUCAUGUUUUUAGAGGCACAGUCACUCAUACUGCCUUCAGAAAUAGUCUGAUGCCUUAACUCGUACUUUUUAUUUUGCCUCGUGGGCCACCGUAUCAUUCAACAAGACAUUGGUUGAAACUUCAAAUAAGCGCGAGUGUCAGCCGGUGUUUCCUAAAUCUUGCCGAACUUGAUGGAUGGUUGAUUUUAUUACAGGUGGAGAUGAAUGUUUGAGUGGAAGCUUGACUUUAAACAUUGUGUGUGGCUCUCUAAAUCCAUCGAAGAUUUUUUUUUUUUUUUAAGGACCAAUUUUUUAAAGGUUUCUCAUAAAUGCCAAAUUAUAGUUUACUAAAGCAUUUUGCACAAAAUAAACAUAAAAAAUUAUGACAAUGUCACUUUUUAUAUUAUGUACAUGCAAUUAAGUAUUCUGAACAUUUACUAAUAUGUUAUCAUAAAUAGCUUAUUGUAAUCCAAUAGAUCAAAUGUAAUCUAAGCUGUAUAGAACACAAAGUUGAAAUGGACUAACAUGUAUCAUUGUUUACAUUAUGUGUAGAGGCAUUUUUUUUUUUUAGUUCAAAUGUAAAGUGUUUACAAAUUCUGCAUCUGAUUUUCUUUUGUCUUUUCUUUGGGCGAGUGAUGGCGUCGUAGGAGCGUUCCUCCAGGCUUCAGUUCAUUGUAAUUAGUAUGUACAUCGUGCCAAUCAUCUCAGAGGAUUUAGAAGAUAAGGUGCUUCGAUGAAGACGCUCAUGUGAUCACAAGUGCUGGAGAACAAAGUUUUUAGUGAGCGAGCAACAAAAUGAGCAAUUCCCGCUUUUUUUUUUCUUUUAAAGACGUCAUUCCAUUUUUAUAGCUGUUAGCAUCUGUCAUCGUGUUUUUUAAGCCUCUACAUGUAAACGGAUACCAGCCUAUCAGCAGCUUUACUCUCACUGGUAGCCUAAACUGUCGGCAUGAUGUUCUCAAUAUAAAUGUCUCCUUCUGACAUUACCAAUCAUUUUUUAAUUUCCUGUCAAAUUCCAUGUAUGUGGAAGCUUCAAGGUCCUGCUUGUUCAUUAAUGUGUGUUAGGUGCCAAAUUGAAAGUGCAUUUAUCAUCAGCAUCACUUUUAACAACAAAUAUCAGAUUUCAUGAAGACUGUAUCGACUUUCAUUCCGCUGCGUUUCAUUUUGAUUGAAGUGUAAAAGGUCAGUGACAGGAAUCAUGAUGCUACAAUAAACUCUGAAAUCAGAUCA